UGGCCCGGCGUCGGCGUGACGGUUGGACGCGGGCGCGGCACUGCGGGUCCCGAUUGCUGCAGCCGCUUGUCAGUGUGAUGAAGAUUGGCACCCAGACUCCAUGUGCCGUCACUCAGGAUGAUCUGACUUCUCGUGCAGCCCUCGGGAACCAUGAUGGCCACACAGACGCUGAGCAUAGACAGCUAUCAGGACGGGCAGCAAAUGCAAGUAGUAACAGAGUUAAAGACAGAGCAAGAUCCAAACUGCUCUGAACCUGAUGCGGAAGGAGCAAGCCCUCCCCCUGUGGAGUCUCAGACCCCGAUGGACGCAGACAAGCAGGCCAUUUAUAGGCAUCCACUAUUCCCAUUGUUAGCUUUGUUGUUUGAAAAGUGUGAACAAUCCACCCAGGGCUCUGAAGGCACAACUUCUGCCAGUUUUGACGUGGACAUCGAAAAUUUUGUAAGGAAGCAAGAAAAAGAAGGGAAACCCUUCUUUUGUGAAGAUCCAGAAACUGACAAUUUAAUGGUAAAAGCAAUCCAGGUUUUGCGCAUUCAUCUUCUUGAGCUGGAAAAGGUUAAUGAACUCUGCAAAGAUUUCUGCAGUCGAUAUAUUGCUUGUCUAAAAACGAAAAUGAACAGUGAAACUUUAUUGAGUGGAGAGCCUGGAAGCCCAUACUCCCCCGUGCAGUCCCAGCAGCUUCAAAGUGCCAUCACGGGCACCAUCAGCCCCCAAGGGAUCGUGGUGCCAGCAUCUGCGCUGCAACAGGGAAACGUAGCCAUGGCGACCGUGGCAGGUGGCACAGUGUAUCAGCCUGUCACGGUUGUCACCCCCCAAGGCCAAGUGGUCACACAGGCGCUGUCCCCCGGGACGAUUAGGAUCCAGAACUCCCAGCUUCAGUUACAGUUAAACCAAGAUCUAAGCAUCUUGCAUCAAGAUGAUGGCUCAUCGAAGAAUAAGAGGGGAGUUCUGCCGAAGCACGCCACAAACGUGAUGCGAUCGUGGCUCUUCCAGCACAUCGGGCAUCCCUACCCAACAGAGGAUGAGAAGAAACAGAUUGCUGCUCAAACAAAUUUGACCCUGCUCCAGGUCAACAACUGGUUCAUCAACGCCAGGAGACGGAUUCUCCAGCCCAUGUUGGAUUCCAGUUGUUCAGAGACCCCCAAAACCAAGAAAAAAACGGCUCAGAACAGGCCAGUUCAGAGGUUCUGGCCCGACUCCAUCGCGUCGGGAGUCACGCAGCCCCCGCCGAGCGAGCUCGCCAUGACGGAAGGAGCUGUUGUAACCAUUACCACACCCGUGAACAUGAACGUGGACAGCCUCCAGUCUCUGUCCUCGGACGGGGCCACCCUGGCGGUGCAGCAGGUCAUGAUGGCGGGGCAGAGCGAGGACGAGUCUGUGGACAGCACGGAAGACGACGGGGCUGCGCUGGCCCCCGCCCACAUCAGCGGGCUCGUCCUGGAGAACAGCGACUCCCUGCAGUAGGACAGCGGCGCGGACUCACCUGACUUUUUAUAGUUUGCACAGCAAACAUUUUACACAGUUUUAUUUCUAAUAUGUUUUAUAUGUAGAUAUAGAAGAGUGCACUUUUGUAUUUCAUAGUAAGCUUACAGCGCGUCUUUGCAGGUGCA